ACGUCAAAAGAAGACUGCACGUAGGCCAAAGAAGCCUCUGUCCCACCGCCAUUGUCUUUCCAUCCUUUUUUUUUCGCAAGCGACGCCGAACGCACUUUCGGAUCCGCCGUCUGGGAGGAGUUCUGAUGAGCAUUUCGUGACUUCGAGUUCAAAGAGUUCUACGAGACAAGGCGAAUCACCUGAGACUGCCAACGAAGUUGCGAGCUAUAGGCUUAGAAGAAUGCCUUGCUGGACGAGUCAGUACUGACAGCAUAGUCGUAGAAAGGAGCACAAAAAACGAAAACAAGACGGAAAUACUACACAACGCCUGAACAACAUGGACAUCUGCGGCGUCAUUGGGGACUACGGCAAGUUCCAGAAAAACAUAUUCUGGUUUGGCCUGGUUCGAGGCACGUUCAUGGGCCUGCACCUCGUCGUGUCCAGCUUCUUUGUACCCGAGAUCGACCACUGGUGCGCUGCGGAUGCCACCUCCGAAGUGUCUGGAAGUACAACGACGUCAGAGUCCCGGAGGUCCUCCUGGAGCCUGUCAAGCGAAACCCGGCGUCUCGUCGAGCAAGGUGACUUCGGACACAGCACAUGCUCGAUACCCUUGGCGACGACCUUAGCCGCUGGCGGUGACAACCUGUCGUUUGUUUCCGAAGUCGUCACGACUGUCAUCUCGUGUGGAAGGUGGAACUACGGUAACAGCUUUGCGGGCCACACAUUGGUUCAAGAGUGGGACCUGGUGUGCGAGCGUGCGUGGAUGCGCUCUCUGGUGCAGAGCAGUUUUAUGACUGGCAUGCUCAUCGGCUGUCUCCUCUGCUCGGCCCUUGGAGACAGACUGGGUCGCCGUCCAUUGCUCGUGAGCUCCUGCGCCCUCGUCAACAUGGCGGGCCUCGCAACCGCUGCGGCGCCCUCUUUCGGCGUCUUCUUGGCAGCCCGCGUGUUCCUUGGGAUUUCGCUGGCCGUCAUGCAGACCACCUCCUUCUGUCUCCUGGUGGAGGUCACUGGCCCCAGGCAGCGGACACGAGCGGCGAUCGCCUUCACCUUGGGCUUCGCCCUGAGCCUCUUCGUCCUGCCGGGCACCGUGUGGUUGAUCCAGCAUUGGCGCUACAUCCAGGUGGCCAUCACGAUGCCCUUUGUGGCCAUUGCGGUCUGGUCAUGGUACCUGCCCGAGUCGCCUCGGUGGCUGAUUGCCACCGGAAGGACGGAAGAGGCCGCCAGCGUCGUCCUCCGUGCGGCUUCGGCUAAUGGCAUCGAGAUUCAGGACGUCGACUCCGCACUAAGGCAGUUGCAAAAAAAGAUACUGCAGGAGAACGAAGAUGCCGAGAAGGUGCACUUCCUGGAUCUCGUGAGAGAGCCCAGGAUCCGAAGGUACAGCGUCAUCCUUGUCUACAGCUGCGUGUCCUGCGGCGCCGCGUUCUACGGCAUCCAGCUGUCCAUGACCAGACUGGGCGGAAAUCCCUACGUGGGCUUUCUGCUGUCGGGCCUGGGAGAGUGUGUGGCCGUGGUCCUUUGCUACGGCACCGUGCGCUGGUUCCCCAGACGCGUGGCUGUGCCGGCCAUGUAUGCCGGGGUGGCGCUGUGCACGCUCGGUUUGGGCUUUCUCCCUCGAUCUCUUACGUGGCUCCGCCAAGUGGACGGCCUGGUGGGCAAGACCCUGUCCGGCGCGGCGUUCACCGCCACCUGGCUGUACGCGGCCGAGGUGUUCCCCACCGUACUGCGUACAGUGGGAGUCGGCACCUGUCUCAUGAGCAUCCGGGUCGGAUCGGCGCUCGUGCCAUUACUGCUGGAAACGAGGCGCUACACGAACGAGUCGGUGCCCAUGGUUGUUCUGGCAGCCAUGUACGCCCUGGCCGCUCUCCUGGUCCUUCUGCUGCCCGAGACGUUCCAGGUGGCGCUUCCGGACACAGUGCGAGAGACCUUGCACCUCGAGAAGGCCUGGUACGCCAGGCAAGACACACUGGGCCGUUCCAGUGCGAUGCAUAGAUGGCGGUUGUGGUGUCGCAGGGUUGAGCUUAUUACCGCUCCAACAACUCCCGAGUAACGUGACGUGAAGAUAGGUAACCAAAUGCGAUUCAGCGGACAACAGACUUUGUGCGACAUCGUUUUGACGUCUGGCAACAAUGAGCCGGGUGUCAUAUUGGUUGUGUCAAUACGUUGCAGCGUUCUCGUGGGAUCGCACGCGGUGUUGCAUUGUCUUCACCUUGAACUUCGCGUUUCGGCGCUCUAAUUAGGCCGCUUGUGAUGGUCGUGCUACAAAAUUGCGCAGUGGCUACUCUUCCCGACUGAUGGCUCCGUAGUAUA